CUGUUUUCUAUUCAUCAAAUCGUUGCUUAUAUGGUGAUUACACCUCAGUUUCCUCCAACAAGAGUUGUGUACCGGAGGAGGACCAGCUGUUCCGAGUGUGAUAGAAACGUGAAAUAUUAAAACUCUAAUGAUGAAUUUAAACACUUCUGCUGGAAAAUAAACAGUUUUGUAAAUAUUCAGUUACAGAAAGCAGAAGUGACUGGAUGUUGUAAUAUUGACAAAUUGUUGGGACUAGUUGACAUGAAAUUAAGUUAUGUUUAAUGGCUGCCAGUCUUUUAAACUAUUCGUACUUGAAGCACAUUAUGAUAUCGGUGAAGAAUAACUGAUAUCAGGGCAGAAAAUGCGGUUACCACUGUAUGUUACUAAGUGUUUAUGACUCGGCAUAGUUUAGUGUCAAGUAAGAAAUAUUAGACGAAGAGAUGCCAUAAAGACUGUUGCAAAAUUACAUACAUGUUGGUACAUCUAAUUCUUUGUGUGGAUUGCAUGCUUGGCCACCAGAGGGAGUGGAUGUCUACGCUCCCUGCUCCAGUCGUGGGUGUGCUCAACAAGCAGUCGUUGGUGUGGUGGUUGGAUGAGACCUUGUGCCCGGCGUGCUCUGCGAGAUUGGAGGGGGGGGGGGCCUGAACCCAGUUUUCAAAUCUCAGUCAGGUGGCAUGGAGUAUUCCGGCAAUGUGGAUUACCCUGCUGUGGAAUGGACGCUGUUUGAUGUGCUGGAUGUCAACCUGAAAGCCGUGUGUAGAGUGGAACUCUUGACAAAGCAUAGAGCGGUGGUGAAGUUCUCCAAUGGCGAGGACUACCGGGUGUUUUUGCGAUGCUAUGAAGGGCGUACUUUACAGUUGCCGGGUGCUGCUGGGUCAGUUGUUAUCUCCAACCGCAGUGGCGCUUACACAUAUGUCAGUGUACAUGGCACCCCUAUUGAAUUCCUGGAGGAAUUGUUGAAGCGGUACUUUGGUCAGUUCGGAAAGGUAGUGACUGUGUGGAGGAAUGCUCUCACUUCCGGUCGCUUGAGGGGCGUCCUCAAUGGCAUUCGAACACUGGAAAUGAAGCUUCGGUCUGGCAUACCUUCCUCUGUCAGGCUGAUGGGGUACACCUUCCGUGCUUAUUAUGCACGGCAGUCGCAGACGUGUUUCCAUUGUGGGAUGUCGGGCCACCCGGCUGCUGGGUGCUCUGCGGGCGUCGUCACUCUGGCGAAUCUCUUCCGUGAGGGGGACUUCCCUUUGCAGGUUGAUGCAGAGGUUCUGGUGGGUGUGGAUGUGUCCUGGGAUGAUGUGCCUGUAUGUGGUGCGGCUGCAGCUGGUGAGCAUCGGACACCGGGUGUUGUACCCCUUGUCAUAUGCGUCUUCUGUGGCUGUCGUGGGUACUGUAGGCAUGAGUGUGGUUCCCUCAACUUGCACUUCUGCGAUUGCUGUGACCUGUUCUUCCAUGGCUCCCGUCAUGGCUCGCCUGCCUCUUCUGCCUGACAUGCCUGUGGUGUGUGAGGGGUCGUGGCCUCCUGUUGUGUUUCGGCCAAUUCCCCCUGUCUGAAGUCUUGCGUGCCAGUGCCAGAACGCGGCCUCCCUGCAUCACUCGGGACUCGGAUUCUGUGGCGGUGGAGAGCUCGGAUGACGUGCACCCUGCCCCUAAGUGCUCGCGGCGCUCUUUGAUUGUGUUGGCAUCGGAAGGUUCCACCUGGGCAGACGUGGGGGAUUUUGCGAGCUGCAUUAUCUUCCAGCGACGAAGGGUCAGUGCUUGGCGAUGUUCCGGUGGACACGAAGGUGGUGGUGGUGGUGGUGGUGGCGGAUGUCUAUGCGUCGGAUGCGGGUGCUGGUGUUGGGGGCUUUGUGUUGGUUCCUGUAUCUUCCCCUGUGCCUCUUGCUGUAUGCUCCCCGAUGUGGUAGGUGGUGCUAAUGGUGUCCUGUGAUUGCUAAUAUGACCCGUGAUCUCAUAGUAGUACUUAAGAAGGAUGCUCGCCGUUGGGGGGGGGACUCUGCUCCUGUGCCCGGUGCCUAGUGGUCCGUUGUGAGUGUAGACCCUGUAGUGUCGCAGCCCUUUCAGGGGGGGGGGGAAGGGUCGCCGUGUCGGUUGCUGCUGAGGAAUGCUCGCCGGCCGCACCCUGACCCAGUAUGGGGGUCAGGGUGCGGCUUGUCUCCUGGUGCUCGUCCACCGUAUGGGUGUCCAGUGUACGGGCUUUUGUCUCUGAUGUUCCUGAGUUUAUGUCACGCCCUCGGGGGAAGUCUGGAAGUCGUCAUCAGGAAGAUGAGUGGAUCAUAUGGGAGGUGUACUGUUUGCGUUUUCCGGUAAAGGAUUAUCCGCAUAAAUAUGUGGAGGCAUGGCCUUCCCACUUCUGUCUUGCUUUUGCAUGUAAAUAAAAAAAAUCUUUGCAGUGUUUCUCGUCUUGUGCUGAAAUAUUACGGUGUGUUGCUACAUAUGUGUGUGCGAGCGUGUCGCCGGCAGUGAUAGGUGAACCACUUGUCCCAGCCUGACCUCACUAGACGAGGUACUCCAGCUCCCUCGUCCUUGAUGAUCUGGUACUCCAGCUCACUCGUCUGUUAAGGUUAGCAACAUCUCGACGAUCAAGAUUCAUUUUUUACCUGCGGUGCUUAUUUACGAGCAUUUAAAUAUUAUUUGUCAUGUAGUAUAUAAGGAUUUUAUUAUAAAAAAUAAGUA